AUGUCUUCCCAGCUUCUUUGGCAAUUUUCCUACUUAUUUGUCGCGACAUGUUAUGCCGAGGAGUUUAGUGCGCGAUCAAGAAACUUCAGCAUCGAACUUCUGCAUCAUACACAGAAACAAACUGGUGGACAUGUAGUAAUAUCGCCUUUUGGAAUAUGGACCCUAAUGACCGGAGUCGCGCUCGGUGCAACGGGCAACAGUUUCGCGGAGUUGCAACGCGCUUUCAUCCUCCCAAGGAGUAAGAAAACCGUUAUUGCCGGCUACAAAGAAUUGACAAAAGCUGUGCUAAAUCCGUCCACAAACGGAGUAUCACUGACGAGCAAAAACUUUGUAUUCAUCGACGACGAUUUCACUUUGAAUCCGGACUUUCGGAAAACGAUUAGCACAGAUUUCGACGCGACAAUAAAAGUACUCGAUUUUAAGAAUCCUGACCUGGCGGCUGGCAAAGCGAACAAUUUUAUCCAAAAUUCCGGAGGGCGAGUCUCUAACGUGCUAACGUCGGAUGACUUUGCGGAGUCUAGGAUGAUUUAUUAGUUAAAAUCCCUUUAU